AUGUCGUCGUCCGCACCAGGCCGUCUGCUACGCCUUACUCUCCAAAUCUAUCGCAACCGGAACAGCACCACUGAGGAUAGGGAGAAGUUCGCUCGUGAAUACCUUGCCAAGGUUGCAGCACUUCAUGCCAAAAAUGGCCUCGAGAUGUACCAGCAGGUUUACACGCCCGUUGGGUAUCGCGCUGCGUUGGACGACAUGAACCGUCGCAACAACCGUGGCUGGACCAUCGACGAUCACGACGUGACGGUCGAGUUCUACUUCCGCGACUUCGCCGCGCUCAACAAAGUCAACUCCGAUCCCGAGUUUCAGGCGCUGCAAGCCACAGAGGCUCCAUACGUGAAUCUCGUUCACACUGUGGUUACGCUAGGCUGGGUAGAAAAGUACGUUGAUAAUCACACUGUCGUCAAUAUCGAUGAGAACGGGAAGUCGACCUAUCCGCCUUGGUCUGAAAUGAACGAUCUGUCAACAGCCUUCUCCACACGACCAGCGGAGGGUGCUAAGUAUUCUAUUCGCGACAACGAAGGAGAGUCAAAGUGA